CUGAGUGCCACUGUCUUUGUGCCAGUGUCUCUGCCAGUCUCCGUUAUUGAUGAGGAUCGUUUGAUCGCAGGCGGAGCGGCGCGCGCACUGACUCGCACAUGGCCUGAUGACAUCAUGUCCCAAUAUUACUCCCUUCCCUUCCCAUUCCUCUCUCUUCUCUUUCCACUCCUGCUCUGUUUUUGCCCCUAUUCCCUUCUCUCUCCCUCACUUUCUCAAUCCUCACUUCGCUGGACAUCUCCCCAUGACCCCUGCUACCACCUGGAUGGUCGUCCACGUCACUGCUUGUCUGAUUUCAUCAAUGCUGCCUAUGGAGUUUCUGUCCGUGCUGAGGAUCUGCUGCAAGGAACAGAAAGGAAUAUCACUUCAUUGACAGACCUCCAUAAUCCCCACAACCUGACCUGCUGGACAGCUUCUGAAGAUUCAGCUCAAGGAGAAUGGACCUUUACUGUGCCCCUUGGCAGACGCUUUGAGGUUACUUAUGUCAGCUUGCAGUUCUGUCAGCUGGCCGAGCCUACUGAGCCAUUCUCCAUUUCUAUCCUUAAAUCAAUGGACUACGGUCGCAGCUGGCGCCCCCUACAAUUCUACUCCAGUGACUGCAAGGGGAAAUUUAGCCUUCCUGCUCAGUCUGUUGCUCUGACCAGGCACCAGGAGACGGAGUCUCUAUGUUCAGAUCCAAGGCCCCUGCAGAAACACAGAGGAGGGGUAGUUUUGGCCUUUUCGACACUAGACGGACGCCCCUCUUCAGCAGAUUUUGAAUACAGUCCUGGGCUACAGGACUGGGUGACUGCCACUGAUAUCAGGAUAGUGUUCCAUCAAUCACAAGGUAAAACAGUUCAGCAAGGAAAGAAGCCAGGUGAGGUGGAUGGGUCGCUGAUAUGGAGUCAGGGAUCUAAAAGUAAAAUUGUAACUCAAGCUGAGAAAGGAAGAGCGGAAAAUGUUCUGAGAGUAGAAAAGAAAGACACUAUGACCAAGAGCACAGAAACAAAGAAACGCAGAAAAGAAGGAAAAACUGAAAAAUCAUUAAGCAGAAAUCACAAUAAGAGUUCCUUACAAGAAAGUGGACACAAUGUGACCCGCAAGCAGUCAGAAUCUCAGGAGGGUAGAGGCAGAGGACGAGGUCGCAAGAAGGACGUGCAUCAUUGGAAACCAUGCCAGGAUGGUGGGUGUGAUUGGACAGUGGAAGGGCGGGGGCGGGGCUCUAAGGGGAGGGAGCUGAGGAGGAGAAGGAACAAUGCAGGAAGUGAAAGGUCUCGUUCCAGAUUCAAGAACAAGGCCACCCACCACCUCUCCCCAUCCUCCCUCUCAGCUCCAUCUAGACUCCCUCUUGCCCUCUCUGACAUUCAGGUUGGCGGCCGAUGCAAGUGUAACGGCCAUGCCUCCCGUUGUCGCCGUGACCAGCAGGGUCAGGCCAUAUGCCAGUGCGAGCAUCACACAGCAGGACCUGACUGUGAUGUUUGUGAGUCAUUCUAUUAUGAUCGCCCAUGGCAACGGGCCACACCCUCCCAGGCACACCCGUGCGUCCCAUGUGAGUGUAAUGGCCACUCAACAAAGUGCAGGUUCAGUAUGGAGGUUUUUCAGCAGUCCGGCCGGGUCAGUGGAGGAGUGUGUUUGAAGUGCAGGCACCACACAGCCGGACGCCACUGCCAGUUCUGCCAGAAUGGAUACAUGCGUGACCACACCAAGUCCCUCAGCCACCGCAAGGCCUGCCAACCCUGUCAGUGCCAUCCACUGGGAGCAGUGGGCCACUGGUGUAACCAGGCCACAGGGCAGUGUCUGUGCAGGGAGGGGGUGAUGGGCCAGAGGUGUAAUCGCUGUGCUCCAGGAUACAAACAGGGCCGCUCACCUCUUCGGCCCUGCAUUCGCAUCCCGGAGGUUACCCCACCAACCCCAGUUUACCAGCCUCAGUACAGCAGAGGUGAGGAGUGUCUCUCUUACUGCCAGCCUUCUCAGGCCAAAGUCAGAAUGAAUCUAGAGACCUUCUGCCUCAAAGACUAUGUCCUGAAGGUGCAAAUUAGAGGUAAGGAGCGCUCCGGACCCUGGUGGCAGUUCUCUGCGUGGGUGCAGUCAGUGUUCCGUGUUGGGUCAUCUCAGGUUAAGAGAGGCCUACGAGCUGUUUGGGUUCCUGAUCGCGAUCUGGGCUGUGGCUGCCCUGCCCUUCAAGUGGGUAGGGUCUUCCUCCUGAUUGGUGCAGAGGAAAACAGGAGAAGCUGGGCCCCAGGAGAGAAGCGAUUGGUUGCUGAUCGUUCUACAAUGGCCCUGCAGUGGAGAGAACACUGGGGUCCCAAAUUAAGGGGGUUUCGGGGGCAGGACAACAGAGGGAAGUGCCUUCCACAUACAAACACCACAGCACGAACACAAUCUCACACCAGUGAGGAAUACAUACCACCACAUCUUGAGAAACCACAGAUUGAGAUGCAUCCACUUCAUCCAAAGUCUGAAGAAACAGCGCCAACAACAAAUGCUCCAGACACACGUGGAGACACUAUCCACACAGAUGUCAUGCAAGGACAUCUUAGUCAACAUAGAGAACACGCUGUUGAAAAUGCUAUAUACAGUGAGGGACUCCACGUAGACCUGUCACUACAAGAUACUCAGAAUUCCUUACAGGAAAAUCUGAAUAAUCCCUCGGAUGCUCCUGAAAAAAUAGGCCCACUCAAUAGGCACCAGUACCUCCACUUACCAACAGCUUGCCCAACGUGGUCACCAGGGCCAUCUGUCACAUAUGAACAGAAAGAAGAAAGUUCAGCAGAUGCAGAAAGAGAAAAUUAAAUAAGUAUGGAAUAAUAGCUAGUUAAGCAGAGGGCAAGAUAAUCAGAUGACAGCUCAGGGCCCUUGUUAGUGUAUGGCCCCAAAUGUAAGUAAAAUUGUGCACAGAACAUCUGGGAACAUUGCCUUGGAGACUUAGGGAGGGUUUAUUUUAGCAUCCUGAAUGUCCUUUUUGUCAUUUUUUUCAAAUCUGGGAGAGACAGCUCACAUAUAAGAUUUUCUAAUGGUUUUAUUUGUUUUCAUCCUGCUAGUGUGCCAAAGAUGAAUGAAUAAUCUUAAAAGAUGGUUUCUGCUUUAAAGGUCAUGAACUGCUGCAGCUGGCAGGCCAGUUUUUGUUGCCUAGAUAACAAUGACAGUAUAUUACACCAAUUAAAAUGCAAUAAAGCUUAAAAUGAUAUUUUCUCAAAAGGCUGUAAGGCUUAUGUUUUAAUGCCAGAGUCUGAGUUUUGGGCAGUUGAAGACUAAGAUGGAGAAGCUAAGUGAAAGGUUAUUAACUUCUUUGAUCAUCAGAGAGGAUGCAGUGCUUUGAGUGCCUGGGUUUAAAUAUAAGAUAUGUGAAACAGGCUUCAUUUAACCAUGUAGUGCAGUGUGGACAACUACCAAAAAUGGUAAAUGACACGAUGCUUUUCCAACUUCUUUUCAAGUCUUAUUAACUGUGAAAUAUUUUCAGUUAUAUCACUGAGUAGCCACACUCUAGACUGGGUGUGUGACUUUCUGUGAUCAAAAAUUUUAUAAAUGCUUAUUUAUUGUACCUGUUACCAGUACCCCAGUACACUUAAUGUGUGUUAGUACCUAAUACAUGUACAUAUUGUUAAAAAAACAAAACUUCCUUUGACCACUAGUAAGGUAGUGGCAGUUAGUUUGUUUGUCUUAUUAAACAUGUAUUUUGUAAAAUACACAGAAGAACACUAGCAAGUUGUAACUUAAUUGUGGUAUACAAGAAAAAAAGGUUCCUAAAAACAUGAAAUUAUUCUGUCGGUCACGAAACGCUUUUCUAAAGCCGAUAAAAAAACUCCAUAUCAAGCCAUCGUUUCAUUGCAAUUUGUGGAAUGUCAUGUCAUCACACAAUAACAGGCGGCAUAUGUCUUCCGUAAGACCAUGAAGGGAUUGGAACCUUCAGUUAUGACAUUGAGUCGUCUAUUACUGCCAAACUUCAUACCACAGCUUUCACACUUCUUAAUUCUGUAAUUACCAUUGCUGUCCUGUUAAAAUGGUUCCGACUGCAGGAGACGCAUUAAAUGCUUGAAAUGACUGCAUCGAGAAUAGCAUAGCUUCAGCAUGGUUUUUAAAAGGAGUACUUCACUUACAAUGCUUCCAAUACAAGCAUCAGUUAGCAUUAUUUCUUCUGAAUAAUGCUAUCUUUAUUCUACUAGAUGGUGAUUAUUAUUACAAACGUAAGACUUUGCAAUGCAAGAGCACUUACAUAUUUUUCUUGUAGCACAUGUAACGCACUACCUCACAAUAAAGCAUUGUAAAUAUGCAUUUAAA